AUGCAUCAAAAGAAAUCCGAACUCCAGAUCGGAAAAGAAAGCACCGGCGUCUCUUCCGAUUUCAACCCACUCCACUACCACUCCAACCACCACCACCAACACCACCACCCUAUUCCCAACCUAACUCUUAACACGAACCUCGAAACCCUAACCUCCACCGCCCCCUACAAAAGACCCUCCCUCUCCAAAUCCCAAACCAUCCACAGAUUCCCGAAACCGCGACACGCCACCACUCCCUCCACCACCGCCGCCACCGCAACCGCCACGUGGCUCUCCUCCGUAGUUUCCUUGCGACGUCGCCUCCGCCACCGCCUCCGCCUCUUCCUCUUCCUCUCCCUCCCCUUCUUCUACUUCCUUGUCUCUCACCCUACAAACUCCUUCCUUCUCGAUUUCCUCUCCGCGUUCUUCUUCUCCGCCGCGCUUUUCUUCUCGCUCAAUCUCGCCCUACCCCGAAUUCCCUCCCUCCGUCUCUUUCUCAAGCCUAAGGCCCGGCCUGCGCUCAGGCUCCCCGUGUUCUGGGCCCGCCCCGCCCCGCCCGAGUUUCAAUUCUCCGUGGUUGCGUACUCGAACGGCGACGUUUACGAGGGGGAGUUCAGGGGAGGGAAGUGCUGUGGGAGUGGGGUUUACUACUACAACAUGAGUGGGAGGUAUGAGGGGGAUUGGGUGGAGGGGAAGUAUGAUGGGUUUGGGGUGGAAACGUGGGCGAGAGGGAGUAGGUACCGGGGGCAGUACCGGCAGGGGCUCCGGCACGGGUUCGGGGUGUACCGGUUUUAUACCGGUGAUGUUUAUGCGGGGGAGUGGGCCAGUGGGCAGAGCCAUGGUUGUGGGGUGCACACGUGCGAGGAUGGAAGCAGGUACGUGGGGGAGUUCAAGUGGGGCGUUAAGCAUGGCCUUGGACACUACCAUUUUAGAAAUGGGGAUACUUAUGCUGGUGAAUACUUUGCGGAUAAGAUGCAUGGGUAUGGAGUGUAUAGUUUUGCAAAUGGCCAUUGUUAUGAAGGAUCCUGGCAUGAAGGCAAAAGACAAGGUCUUGGAAUGUAUACAUUUAGAAAUGGAGAAACCCAGUCUGGUCACUGGCAAAAUGGAGUCCUUGACAUUCCAAGCACACAGAGUGCCACCUAUCCUGUUUCUCCUGUUGGUGUCAAUCAUUCCAGAGUACUAAAUGCAGUGCAGGAAGCAAGAAGAGCAGCUAAGAAGGCCUAUGAUGUGACCAAGGUAGAUGAAAGGGCGAAUAGAGCAGUAGCAGCCGCUAAUAGAGCAGCCAAUGCAGCUAGAGUAGCUUCUGUCAAGGCUGUGCAAAAUCAAAUGCAUCAUAAUGUUAACAGCAAGAGCAUCCCAAUCCCCAUUGUGUGA